CGAGCCGCAGCGUGCGGAGAGAUGGGGAGAGAUGGGGAGAGGUGGGGAGAUCGAGCCGCAGCGUGCGGAGCCGCUCGUCCUCUUCGCGCGCUCGGAGAACUUUGCGCACCUCGACGACCACCAGCGGGCGAGCGCAGAGGCUGCAGGCUUUGAGCUCCUUCGCAGCGAGGAGCGGACCGCGGCGGGCGCCCUGGACGCGAUCUCGGAGACGCACCUGACGCCAUGCGCCGCGAGCGGCUGCACGCUCUUUUGCUGGGCGCGGCGCGGCGCGGCGCGGACGGGGAGGGAGGCGUUUGAUUGGCUCCUCGCGGAGCGGGCGGGGGGCGGCUCCGACUGCGGCGGCGAAGCGGCGGUCGAGGCCGCGCGGCCGGACGACCUUUGGGCGCCGCGCCCCGCCAGUUGAGAGAUACUAGAGCCGAGGGAGAGAUAUACUGGCAUCCCGCGUGACGGACAGAAAAUUGACCUUUUUGUAUCUUAUAUUACCGGAUAUCUGGCUCC